AUGGCUGAACCCAGUUGCAGAUUAUUAAGUAUCAUUUUUCUAGCUGUUUCUGUUGUUUUUCUUCCUAUCCAUACAUCAUCACUUUGCUCCCCCAAUAUUGUUCGGUUCCUUUGUUCUUUCCAAAGUUUCCUUGGAACUUUGAGCUUUGGAAGUAUGCCAAGGUGUACAGAGAAUGCUGCUUCCACAAAAUCAGCUGAAUUGGUCGAACAACCAGACCAUUUGGAGUUUGAUGAUCCUGAUGAGGUAGAUGAAGAGGAAGAAGUUGAGUAUGAAGAAGUUGAGGAGGAGGUCGAGUAUGAAGAGCCAGAGGAGUAUGAACAAACUGAAGCUGCACGUCAAGUUGAUGCUAAACAUGACAGUAAAAUGGCGGAUGCUGAUAAGGAUGAGGAUGAAAAAGAGAGUCAUGCUGAACUUCUUGCUCUUCCUCCUCAUGGAUCCGAAGUUUAUGUUGGGGGCAUAACCUCUGAUGUCUCUUCUGACGAUCUCAAAAAACUCUGCGAGUCUGUUGGAGAAGUAGUGGAAGUGCGAAUGCCAGGAAAGGGUGGUAAGCUGUAUGCUUUUGUCAAUUUCAGAACUAAAGAGCUAGCUUUAAAGGCCAUCCAGAAGUUGAACAAUAAAGAUCUAAAGGGAAAAAAGAUAAGAGUUUCUUCCUCCCAGGCUAAGAACAGGCUAUUUAUUGGGAACAUACCCUAUAAGUGGACAGAGGAUGAUUUCAAAGAAGCAGUGGAGGAAGUUGGUCCUGGAGUUUUAAAAGUUAAUCUCGUGAAGGCACCACGUUCAGAUACAAACAAGGGUUAUGGCUUUAUUGAAUACUACAACCAGGCUUGCGCAGAGUAUGCUAAGAAGAAGAUGUCUACCCCAGAAUUCAAACUAGAUAAAAAUGCCCCUAAUGUCAACUGGGCAGAUACUAAGAAUGGUGGUGAAUCUUCCUCUACUGCACAGGUUAAAUCACUAUAUGUAAAAAACCUGCCCAAGACUGUUACUCAAGAGCAACUGAAAAAGCUAUUUGAGCACCUUGGAGAAGUUACAAAAGUUGUUCUUCCUGCUGCAAAAGCUGGUCAUGAAAAUCGGUAUGGUUUUGUUCACUUCAAAGAACGAUCCAUGGCUAUGAAGGCUCUAAAGGACACUGAGAGAUACGAACUUGAUGGUCACCUGCUGGAUUGUUCACUUGCAAAUCCUCUUGCUGAAAAGAAGGAUGAUACGACAUCAGUACCUAAAGGAGGUCCAUUGCUCCCAAGUUAUACCCCACUUGGAUAUGGACUGAUGGGAGCUUAUAAUCCACUUGGAAAUGGCCUGGCAGGCGCUUACAAUCCACAUGUAAAUGGAGUGGCAGGUGCUUAUGGUGUGCUUGGUGCUCAAGCUGCACAGCCAAUGUUGUAUGUUCCAGGUGCUCCUCUAGGUUCAACUAUGAUCCCAAUGGUUCUACCAGAUGGCCGUCUUGUAUACAUACCACAGCCUGCAGGGCAGCAGCCUGUGCCUAUGACUUCGCCUCCGCCACAGAAAGGUGGUCGUCAUAAUGGUGACAGCGGUGGUGGUGGAUCCAGCUCUGGUGGAAGGCGACAGAGGGGAGAUGAAAGUGGUAGUAGUAACAACAACAGCCGCAGGGGUCGGCACCGUCCCUAUUGA